AUGGCGGCUGGCUCGCGGGUAGAAAGUUUAUAUGAUUUAGCAGCUCUUAGCGCAGUUAAAAACUGCCAUGUUUACAAAUCAGAGUUCCGAUCGCUUCCUAAUGCUGUUCAAUGUGAUAUCUAUAGGACGGUGGGUAGUAACAUCUUUUCUAUUCAGUAACGUUUUUAAGAUUUGGGUAUGUGAAAACGCAAUCUCUUUCUUCGAAGCACAAAAACACCUUCGGCUUGUUUUUAUCCAGCUGUACGACACAGGGAAGACAGAAGUGUUAGUAGCUGAACUAAGUGAACUAGAUGUUGUCUUAAAAGCUUUAAGAGCCGGAGACACAAGGUUGGUAAUGUUAGAUUUGGGGGUGAACUUUGUCGGUGACAACAUAAAUAAAAUUUCAUUCCGUUUGUGUCACGUAAGAUCUAGCCAAAAAACAAGAAACGUUUCACAUUUCAAGAAAAUGUUUGUCCAUAUGUCCAUUUAUAACGCCAAUUGCUUCCAGGAAUAUUGAUUAUCGCUGUCUUAUUGUGUUUAACAUUUUAUAUUAACUGUGACUUACUGAAUUCAGCAUGAACUAAUAAAUCCAAUAUUAUGAAAUCAGACAGCUAAAAGAGAAACAAUCUAAUGUAAAUAUUACCCUAUAGCAGUGGUUUUAGUAAAUUCUCUGAUUUUUGAAACUGAUUUUAAUUAUCACACUUAGUUUUAACUUUAAAACUAGUCAAAGACAAAUUUUUAAUGAGGACUUGAAUCUUCAAGGGAACAAUUGUUUUUCUGUUAUAUAUUAUUUUGUACCUAAGUAGAUGGGGAGUACAAUUGUUUAUUUUUACCUGCCUUUUAGUGGCCAAGUUUGAGGUCUUAACUCUUAAUUAUGGACCAAUUUUUUUAACUGUGAUUUAUAGCCCAAUAACAAAGUGAGUGGAUAUCAGACAAUUCGAAAAAUGUGAGGAUUCAUAAUUUACAAUAAACACCAAGAAAACGAAAGCUGUUUUUCAAGCUUAUUUGACAAAGUGGAAUUCUUACAGAUAUUAUCACAAUGAAUCAAUCAAUUAAUAAAUCUAAGGUGACUUUCUUUGCACUCUGACUUUUUAAAGGCCUUUUAGAUUGCAAUUAACCCAUCAGAUAUUACAAAAAAAUUCAGUGCUAAUAUAUAACAGGUUGAUUGAUACGUGGGUUUUAAAAAUUUUCCUUUCCUGUGUUUUCAAGAGUCAAGCUUUAUGCUGUUUUCCAAGGACUGCAAGAGGAAGGAUUUGAUCUCUCAUCAAUCCUUGCUUCUGAGUUUCUCAGGACGUGUUCUGAAGGAAAAGAAAAGCUAGAGAAACAUGCCAUUCAGAAGAUCUUAAAAUCUGGAAUGUCCUUGGGUAAGUUUCUAAAUUAUUCAGCUAAUGAACUCUAAAGUUAACAGGGACAAAUAGUUUAUCGGUAAGCAUAGUUAUCAACAAACCUCUUUUAGUGACCACCUCUCCUUAAUCCUUGUUUCUGCCUAUCGAAAAGUCCACAUAUCACUCUUGUUUCAACCUCUGUCUGACAACUUCCUCUCCUCUAAACAUUAUUAUUUUUAUUUACUGUAACAGUCACUCAGUUACAUCUAAACUGCUAAGAAAAACUUCUUCAACAUGGCCAUUGAUUUAAAAGUGAAUGGUGCACAAACUGAUUUUCAUUUUUUUUAUCUUUUAUUUUAACAAACAUGAACUAGGCAACAAUUCUUGCAACAUUUCCCUACUGCAAUCUGUCCCCUGAUUUUAAACUGCAAUAAACCAAUGUUUAUCUUUUAUGAUUUAUACUUCAGGGGGUUUUCUGCUAGAGGCUGGAUGGUAUCAAGAUGCCAAAAAGAUACUAGAUACCUCUUACAAACUUUGUAACACAAGAGAGCCAGAGGACUGUAAAAUAGCAGCUAAACUUCUAACAAGGUACAAAAAAUUACACCUUUUUCAAUAUGUAUGGUAACUGUAUACACUUAACUCUCUCUAAGGGACCGGCACUAAGUGUCCAACAUAAAAUAAAAAAGAGAGUUAUCUGUCUUAUAGAGAGUUAAAUAAAAGGAGUGGGUGUCUGUUUUACAGAGGUGUUCAUUUUACAGAGGUGUCUGUUUAGGGAGAGUAGACUGUAUAUAUGUUGGAUGUUAACCCUUACCCAGCGAGCAGAGGCCCUUGAUGGGUAGUUAACACUUUACCCUUGGUUACUCAGGAAAAUCAAAAUGUAAGCCAAGGGUAAAUUUGAACCUCAGAAUAAAACACUCAUAAGAGCAACAUUAGACAGGGCUGUCAUUAAGGGCCACCGCUGGGUAUUACCCCAGCUACUGUGAACAUGACCCUUGGUUGCUUUCAUAGGAGCAUAAAAGCAGAAUGGAACCAAAGAAAUUUGUAGAUAUUUUGUUCUCCGCCUUCAUCUUUACAACACCCCUGUUAGAUUAUAUUCCUCAAUAUCAUUGUAGAUUUCUUUCAUUCUGUUUGUCCUAUGUUUUGUAUCAGGUUGCUUCACCUCAGAACUGCAAAUUGCGAAUUUGAUGCAGCUAAGGACACAUUCAGAGAAGCUAUGGAGAUUACAAGCAAGUUAGGAAGCAGAGAUGCAGAAAUUAACAUGGCUGUCCUCUAUGGUGAAAAGUGUGGUCUCUUGUUUGCCUUAAGUGAUUAUGAAGAGGUAAAUCGAAUUCAAUAAUGUUUAUAAUAAUCAUGAUGAUGAUGAUAAUAACUUAUUAUUAUUGUUAUCAUUGAUGGUUGAUGCAGGUGGUUUUUUAAAUUCAUUUACUCCUAGAAAUGUUUCCAAAAAAUGCCUAUUGAAGGUACUCAAGCAAGUUACUGGUUACUGUCUGACCAAAAAGAACCACAGCUGCCCAAAAUACUGUUCAUAAAUUGAUCAUAUCAUAAUCUUUUGCUCCUGAUUCUAAAUAUCAGCUUCCAAGUUCAGACAUGUGUAAAAAGCCUAAUUUGAAACUGAUGAUGCUACAAGUGGCACAAGGGACAUGGGUCGAUAUAGGCAGUUACGGGUGUUAAGGGGGUGAAUGGGUUAAAAAUUAAAUCCUGAGAAUGAGUUUCAGAAAAGUCAAAUCAAACUUUGGUGUAUGCACCUCUGUAAAGUGUCCAUCUCUCAGAAACAGCUGCCUCUCUGAAUGUUCUCAAAGCACUUUUCUUAGUCAAAUAGUUGUAGUUGUAACCUAAACAACCAGCUCUCAUAUUAAAGGGACCAACAGAUCUUGUUCAAGUUCAAGUUCGAGUUCAUUUAUUCACACAAUACAACAAUAAGGAAAAAAAAGGAAGAAGUAGAAAAACAGAGCUAACUAUACAUUGAAUUAAACAUAAAAAAGGAAGAGUGUGUAGCAGCCAAAGGAGCCAAGCUUUCGAGUUGGCUACUACCACAGAGCAGUUACAAGUGGGUGGAGGUCAUAUGGUACUAAUAAAAAAAACUAUUUAAAUUAAAUAAUUAAAUAAAUAGAACUAAGUAACAGAUUAGAGUUGUUCAAGAUGCCUGUCUGUCAAGUAGAAAGAGUUUAUAUUAUUCUUUUUAAAACAAGAGCGCCAAUUUUUAAUUUAAAGAUAUUCUCUAACUUUAAGAUUUCUAAUAGUGUAAAGUACGGAGUGGGACUUUCUCUUUUAUUUGCAAAGAAGAUGCAGCGAAUACAGUUAUUUUGACUUACUUUGAUUUUAUUUAACUUAGUUUGGUAUGCGGUACCCCAGCUCAUUAAUCCAAGAUGAUACUCAUCUUGAACUUGAGUGGUCGGUCACUCAUGGAAGUUGUGACUGCAAGUAAUAUGGUAUCACAUUAGAUCGAGCUAUAGCUAUCAGUGGGGAAAAAUUGAAGAACAGCUUCCCAAAAAAUCUGUCGGCCGACAAACAGCCAACUGUCGGCUGACAAACAACCAACAGUCAGUUGACAGUUUUCCCAAUUUAAACUGAAAAGUGUUGGUGGACAGUUUGUUGACAGUCGGUUAAUAAAUAUUGUCGGUCAACUGUUGGUCACUUGUUGGUUAUCUGUCAGCAAUAUGUUAGUGAACUUUUUUUUAUAAUAUAGAGCUAUUGGUUCAAGUUGUUUCAGCAUUUGCAAACAAAUCUAUCAAGAAAACAUUUCAAAAGUGCUGGAUUACUUUACGUCCGAAAAUAAAUCUUUUGUUUACUUUAUAUCAGAACAGAUAGUUAUUUUGCCAUCGGGUCAGCCAUGUUUUUCAGAGCUUACUGAUGUCCUCACCAAAAGGGAGCAUUGUCCUCCCCCACGCUUCUCCCUCACUUUAUUUUAAGGCUACAAGGAAGCCUACAGUGUCGAGAAAAUUUAUUUCCAGGCUGGCUUCCCUCUUCAUAUAUAUAUCUUAGGGUCUGGAUGAGUGCAUCCCAGACUUAUUUGGAGAUCUGAACGUGCCACUGCUCAUUGACGUAAUUAUAACCAUUUUUGUAGGCUUACAUAUGCAGCAUGAAGGCUUUACAGAGAAUUGGCCCUGGAUUACCCAUGAAGGUAAGUUGAGAACAAAUAAUUUUUACACCUGUUCAAAGUUCUGAUAAUAAUAAUUUUGUGUUAAUGCCAAAAUCAUUUUACAAGUUUACUUAACUGAAAUUUUUUUAGUCAUAAUUCUACACACUGUUCUAAAUGCUGUGCAAAUGAUUGUUUUAAAUUAUGGUCCUAUUGCAGAAGUGUUUUUAAUAAAGGCCAACACUCUCAGUUCUUAUGUUGGAUAAAGCAUGAUUUUACAAGAACGUAGUACUUAUCAUUUUUCAGUCUUUACAAGUUCUGUUUAAGCAUUAAACCAAAACUUAACUAAGAAUGCAGUUUUGUUAAGUUAUUAUUAAUUUUAAUACUGUAGUAAAGUCAACAAUGUAAUUCUCUUGUGGGAAUGUGAUCAUAUAUAUAUAUAUAUAUUCUCUCAACUUUACUGAUUUUCUAUAGAACUGAGGUGAUAUUACACUGUAAUAUUUGCCAAAGGAGAAAUUUUAUGUUGGUUGGUGUCAGAAAAUAAAGCAAUAACCUAAAGUCUAUUUUUAUUAGUGCUUUAAUUGAAUUUAAGAUAUAGGUAUUGCCUUUUGGGUAAAUGUUCCUGCUCGGUUAAUGCCCUGGGUGUUUAUCAACAUGUUGCAUGGUAUUUAUUUACUAUGUUGUCUUGAAUUGCAAAAACAAAACCUAUUCUUUAUGUUGCAGGCUGUAGUUGAUAUUCUUAGGAAUGCAUCCAAGGUAAAGUGUCAUUUUUUCCUUUUCUAUAGAAAAAUAAUAAUAUUACGUCCUAUUUCAGAACAUGCAGUAACUAAGGUCAUAACCAUGCAGCCUUAACAUAUGCCAGAUUGCAGAUUAAAGGGACUCAGUCAGCUGAUGCACACACACAUUAGAUACCAUUUCUUGGCUGAUUUGCAUAUCACAAGAUGCACGUGAAACAGAAAGUGAGAAGUGCAUCUUUGGAAUAUGUAAACACACCUUGUUGAGUCAAACUAAUUACAAGUCAAAAUCGUGAUUAUAGACCCUAAGACAUAUCAGAGCACUCUUUUUUAAUAAACCAUUGAGAAUUCACUGAUGGACGUGUCCAAGGAGAACCAAAUUUCCAAAUUUGAAGAAUCAGUAGACGUGAGCAAUGACAUGAAUUCUGAAUCAUUGCCAAAGGUUUAAGGUUGAGAAAACUCGACUUUUCAAAUAUAUGUAACCUUUCUCCAUUAAUUUUCCAAUUAUACGAUGUAUAUAACAAUGAUUUGCUUUGCAAUGUUAUUGAUUCAUUUCUCUUUUUUUUUGGUAAACAAUUUUUCCUGCCUGGCGCCUUCACAUUUCCCACUACUUUUUUUUAUGUUCCUUUGGAUGCUGUGUUUAACCAAAUAUGAUAAAACCUUAUGGGAUGAGUAAAAGUUUGCCCGACAAAGAGGUUUUCAGUAUAAGAUUGAGCAUGAAAUUGAGCAUCGAAUGAAACGCCAGGCAAGCUUAAAGUGGAUUUCUAGAUGUAUCUAAUGCAUACAUUUGAUUUCGGGUUGAGGUAAAUGCUUGUCAAACUGGCAAAAGUAGUGUCCUGGUCAGCAUAUUCCCAUAGCUGACUGUGUCCUUUUAAGGUCGAAUAGAAACCAGAGCACAAAAAUAACAAAAUAUCUUGGCCCUAAUAUUGUACUUGCAGAUUACAAAGGAAAGGUUUUACUCAAUAGUGAUGUGAAAAAAAAGAGUUUUUAUUUUUUCAGGCAUGUGUGGUUAAAAGAAAGUUCAAGAAGGCAGAACUUCUUAUAAAACAGGCCAUGUUUUUAGCCAAGUAAGAAAAACACCUUGAUUCACGUUUUUUUAAGCUUGCCCAUGUUAUUAAUAUUAAUGCCUUAUAAAACAAAGUGGUCAUGGAAGUAAGGAUAUGUGACUCAAGACUCCACUACUUCCAUAUAGAAUGUAUCCAUGAGGAUUUAAAAUUAAUAUUAUUCUCAUAUCAGGGUUAAACUUUUAAGGAAGUAGAAUUGUUGCAGCAACACUGGCUUGAAGCUUAUAGUAAUGAGUUUUUGAAUUGUAUCUGUACUAGUUGCUGCCUUGUUAUUGUUAUUUGGUAAGGAAUAUUGUUCCUUUUUUGAUUUUUCAGACAACACUUUGGAUGUAAUCAUCCAAAGUAUGCUGACACUUUGAUUGAUUAUGGAUAUUACCUUCUCAAUGUAGAUGCUAUUAACCUCUCUGUUAAAGUCUAUAGAGUGAGUAUUAGUAAGCAUUUAAGCUGCAUGCAGGUGGUUAAAACCUUGGUCUUGCCUGGCUUCUGUAAGACUCUUAUGCAGCCUUUCUUCAUUGUCAAGCAAUGCCCCAGAGUAUUGGUUAACAAUAUAAAAGAAGGGCUACAUAGGAGACUCACGCUAUCAAUAAAUUUUAAAGAGUAGAGUGCGGAAAAAAAUCACUAAUAUUUUAUAAUAACCAUAUCGUCCAAUUGAGUUCACAAAUAUUUAAUCAUGUGUAACUCACUUUAUACCUGGUAAAACACAGCAAACCAAAAAGUCAGGGAAGCACAAUAUCAAUAUCAAGACAUAACCAAAUCAAAAGGUGAUAAGAAUCAAUAAAAUGACCACCAACAGGAAAAUGCUUUGACCUUUGAACAAAUUCUCUUAAACCACUAUUAAAGAAAGCAGACUUCAAGAAGUUUCAGUGGAAUGUUCUGAACGUUGUGGACAUCAUUUUAUAUGAACAAUAAGAAUGUAAUGAGUCAAAAAUUGUGAUUUAAUCAUUUUUGACAUCACUUCUAUUAUCUCACUCUUACAGAUAUUAUAGAGACUCAUGUUUAUGGCAAACAAAAAACAUCAGUUUGUACCACAUGACCAAGUUUUCCUAUUACUUGUUGAUUACUGUUCAUUCCUUGCCCAGAAAAUGAGUAGUUUCACACCAGUUUGAUCCAAAAUAAUUUUGCACAGAACAGACCCUUUCACUUUCUGCAAAGAGGCCAUAUGAAGGGGGUAUGAUGGUGAGUACAAACUUGCACUACCCCUUCCCCCCUCCCCUCACCACCACCGCUGCCACCAUGCAAAUGUCUGUAAAUUUCACGUCUUUGCGGAGCUAUUUUUUCAUUAGUUUUCAACAAAUCACUUCCAAAGUUGACAACUUUACUACUGAUUUUAAGGUAUUUUUUUCCAGCUGUGUUGAAGGAUUUUCCCUGACUGAGCCCAGUCAAAAGUUGAAAAAACCAUGCCAUUCAUGGAGGGGUCUAUUUGUAAAUUUUCAUUUCCUAUUAUGAGGACAAAAUUGUCAAAUUGAAUCUGAUGUUUGCGUUUGCUGUAAACGUGAUUCAAAACCUCUCCAUUGGCUUUCGAUCCAUGAGCAGAAAACAAAAGUAAAAAUAGAAAUUGACUUUACAUUAGUUGGGAUUUUCAAAAGGCAAGCAAGAACAAAGCUCAUUUAAACAGACUGAUAUAUUUUUCUGUUGUUUCAGGAAGCUUUUCGUACGAGGUUGUACGUUUUUGGUUACAACAACUUACAUGUAGCCACAGCUCACGAAGAUCUUGGUUAUGCACUGUACGUUCAUGAAUACAGCACAGGAGACUUUGAUGAAGCAAGGUAAUGUGACCAACACAGGCCUGGUAACUAAUCCAGGCAUUUGAAAGUGUUAAGUCAGUAAUGUUUCACUUGAGUUGUUUCAUUUGAAAGCAAAUAUUAAUACGUUUAACCCCCAAUAUCCACAAUACAAACUAUCCAGACUGCUCUCCAUAUGUUUCCUUGUGGAAUUAGUUGAGAGAAUUCAAUAAACGAUCAAAGAAUUUUCCCUUAAGUGAUCAUGUCACUAAUUCUCAUACACCUUUCUCUUGAUUACAUAUUUAUUCCCCAAGCUUGUCUCUGUAUGUCCCAAGACUUCUGCAAGAAAGUAAAUUGUACUCUUACCACAGUCGCACUUCUCACUGCCUAAAACUAUUAUGCAAACACUUAUCUAGAGAGAGGAGAAGUAUGAUGUCACGUUACCAUGGUCGCAAAAUUUUGAGAUCCAGAAAUUUUGCCACUAUGGUAACGUGACGUAACAACUUCUCUCUAUUACAGACAGUUCUCUUGGUCCCAAAGAUACAAAAUAAAUACACAUUUUUCCUCUGCAACAGAGACUCUAGGCACUGUACUUUUGAUGUUCGAUUUUAAUAAGAUUUAUCUGAGUUUGCGCUACUCAGAUUUCUGUCCAAAAAGUUAACAAUUUUGAAACCCCCAAAAGUAGCCUUACCUAAGGCUGCUUAUUUUCCUUGCAAUUGAAAAUUGAUACUCACGAAUUUGUUGUUUCUUUUAUAUCUGCACAGAUAUCAUGCCGAGAGAGCUAUCAGUAUAAUAACGAAGCUCUUUCCAGAGGAUCAUCUUCUGCUCGCAUCUUCCAAAAGAGUCAAAGGUAAAUAAGGGUGUUGUAGUAUGUUACUUUGGUUGUUUGUUGUUGUUUUUUUUUCCAGCGAGUGAAAUUCCGUUUUUGUUACUUUCUUUUUAUCCAGUGAGAUGACAUGCAAUGAAAUGAUUUUCUUGUUGUGCGGGGUGGGGGGCAAAGAGUGGAGGGAGCGACUUUCCCGCUCUCCUCUGUAAAGAAUGUCAGUAUUCGCGUAUUGUUGUUGAGGUAUUGAUUAGCAGUAGCCUACGUAGCAAGCGUUUCCGUGCAAGUUCGUCCAACAUUCGCCCAAUUACGUAGGCUAGGUUAGCAGACACUUAGAGAUGAUGAAGUCGUUAUAAUUUUUUUUUUUCAGCUCUGAUUCUAGAAGAAAUAGCAAUAGAUACCCCGAUCAGACAAAAAGAAGAGGAAAUUCUUAAAGAGGCACAGGAGCUUCAUUUGGCCUCUCUUGAUCUUGCUAGGUAAGAUAGUUACUUAUGCUCGCUCAGCUUGCUUUCUGCGGUGAAACCCCACCCUACGGGUGUCGUUUUCUAUGGUCAAUUUGAUCUGUCCUUUUCAGUUCUAAAAUGGUUCCAAGGCUGGCUCGUCCCCCAGUCGUCUCUAUUUGGAUCGGACGCGGAGAACGAAACUCGAGAACCUUGAACGAUAGGAGCGCGAGGGGUGAUGGGAAGGACCGCGCUUCUCUUGUUAAUAGACGGCAAACCUUGUGUGACAAGCGUGAAAAUAAUUUUGUUUGAAAAAAUUUCGGCCAAACUUCACCCCUCUUUAAACAGAUCUUUUUGUAAAACACCAGAAAACAUUAAUGUUAACUGAAGACUUCAACAAAAAACGCAAGUUUUGCCCUGUCACGUUUUCCCCACCCAAUCGUUUGCCCGUCGUCCUCUUCUUUCUGCCGUCCUCUUGCGUUAACUUACUAAUAUUACUAGGAGACUGAGAGACGACUAGGAACGAGUCAGGUUCCAAGGAGGGGAAUAGGGAAAUAACUCAGUUCCAACAGUUCUAAGGGGUGCCCCAUCGAGGGAGGGAGGGGGUUGAGACAAAGAGACGGCACAUUUACGUCAACUUCACUUUUGUUUAUGAUUGUAGUUGUAAAAGUAGCUUUUUUCUAUUUGUAGGAAAUCGUUUGGUGAAAAUAACGUGCAGACAGCAAAACACUAUGGAAAUUUAGGUCGGCUCUAUCAAUCCAUGCGAAGAUACGAGGUGUGUCAUAUAUUUAAUACAUUUGCCGCCUGGUAUUUAAACAAUAACAUCCAGUUUAGCAAACACUUGGGCCCCAUAAUGUACAAAAACAUUAUUUUCAAAAGUCCAUUAGUGACUUGUUGUCAUUUUUUGUUACACAAAUGGGCUACAUGCAUACAGUGUGGCUGUCUGUGGUAUUUAAGGCCAGCCUAAUCCUUGUCCGUGUAUAAACGACUGUUUGUUUUGUUGUCGUUAUAUAGGAAGCAGAGGCCAUGCACAAGAAAGCGAUUGAAAUCAAAGAAAGGAUACUUGGUAGCGAGGUAUGUCCAACUGGUAGCUGAUGUGACCGCUAUGUUCCCAUUCAUUAUCGUCCAGACCAACGAAGGUUGAUCGAUUCAACCAAAAUAUUUCGGUGAAAUUUGCCACUUCUGGUCAAAUCCUUGUUAAAUUUUUGAUUCUUCUAAGGUUAAGGUAUACCAUGUUGAAGAGCAAUGGCCCAAUAAAGUUUCUUUAUUUGACGGGACGAUCCCGUUUAGGCUAAAUAAAUGAGUGUCUCCCGGGCCUAUAGGAAACGAGGUACAUGGCAUAUUUGUUCAGGGGGACGGGGAGCGGUACAAUUUGUCAUGCUACGUGUUAUACGCUUUGGUGCGGAAUUGAAGGUAUUUGCCAGUUAUUUCCCACAAUAUCCAAUCUGCUGUGGUGAAGUCAAUGUUUUUGUUGUUAUUUUUUUAACCUUGUUAUAGGAUUAUGAAGUAGCAUUGUCAUUGGGUCAUUUGGCGUCAUUGUACAAUUACGACAUGGAACUAUAUGAUAAGGCUGAACAGCUGUACCUCAGGUCCAUUGCAAUAGGUAAGUCUUAAAAAACGAACGCAGUAAAUAAAGUCUGUUCUCCAGUCGUUUUCCUCUUUUUUUCUGUGGAAUUUACCGAGCUCCAGUGGACGAGCUGAUUUAACCACCCACCUCCCCUCACGCCGGUGGUCAAUAAAUCCCCUGCGAUUUUUAUUUUUGUACGUGCCCUCGAAUAACUCUAAGGAGAAAAAAAAAUGUUUAUGAACAGACUAACAUAAGAAGUAGAUUAGCUCUUUUACGUAGAAAUUUAUCCAUUUUUCGACGAAUUCACGAAGCGCGUAUGGACGAGCUGAUUGUCCACCCACCUCCCCUCAAGCUAGUGGUCAAUAAAUCCUCUGCGGUGUUAGUUUUUGUACGCGAGCUCGACGAUCUCUAAAGAGAAAAAAGAAACGUCUGUGAACAGACUAUAGUAAAUUUCCUUAUAACUCUCGCCCCCCUCUCGCUUUUCCAUUCUAACCAGUUGAUGUGUGUCUAACCCUAAUAGCUACAUGAAAGCCUAUACCUACUUUUUCUCGUGUAAUUACUUCUUUGGUUUAUUUUUUAAAAAUCCUAUCAACAAGAGUUUCUGAGAUGUAUUUUUUGUGUGUUUUUUGUGUUCAAACUGAGUCGUCUUUCAUAUGUAGGCUUUUUAGAAGUCCUUUAGGUUUUUUUCAUACAACCUCUUAUACUUUACAAUGCGCUUUUGACCUUUAAGUAGAGCCCAGAGAAGUCCUGUGUUUUAAAACUUAACAUUGAAGCUUGUAUAAUUUGCCCUUAUGUAGUUUUCUCUGUUUUCACUGAUUUCCCUGGAGAUAGAUAUCUUUGAAAAACUGAUCACAUAAUUAAUCUUUGAUUUACUCUUAAAAUAGGAAAGACACUUUUUGGCGACGGCUACAGUGGACUCGAGUACGACUACAGAGGGCUUAUAAAUCUCUACGAUUCUCAAGGUAAAUGGUAAAAUAAAAUACGGUACGGGAAUAGCCCCGUUUCGUAGUAAAAUUCAUCAUUUUAACAUUACCCGUAAUGCACCUUGUAGUGAAGUAUGCAAAAUGUUUAGGUUGUUAACAAGGUGCAUUAUGGACAAUGCGAAAAUGGUGAAUAGGGGUUACCCUCGACUUAAACGAAAAUAUUCACAAAUAGCAGCAGCAGCAGCAGCAAAAAAAAAAUAGCCAUAGUCGUAAACAGCUCUUCUUCUAGCUGGAGUUUAUAGUGACGUGGGUUAACCCUGUUAAAAUUCAUCUUCGGUGCUUUUAUUCGGUGGUCAUUGCGAACUCGAAACUGGACAUUUUUUGCAUAUGUCUCAGACCCAGGCGUCCUUGUUUGCUCCCAUUUGGCGCGCAUGGGAAGAGCGCGCUACACUCAGUGUUUUGCGUCCUUCCCAUCACACCCUGCGCUCUCUGUUUUACUGCUGGAUAGUGGCACCUAUGGACAAGGGAAUGAUAUUCUUCCCUGCAUGACACAGAUGACGCUUUUUUUCUGCUCUUUGUGGUGAUUGCUUAGGUCCCCAGUAUUGAUGCUGCUUUCAACGUUGUCUGUCCUUUGUAACCUCGAUUUCAUGUCUCCGUGCGCUUUACAUCGCAUACGCAAAUUCACGCGCUUCCUAUUGAAUUUAUCCAAAUGGUUUAUUUGAGUAUUUUCGUACGCUAUGAUUCAUCAAUGCGACUCCACAUGUACAUUUUGCUUGUAGCAGCUCUGCAAACACCAAUCCUUUUUUCUGUUUCUCUAUUGAAUUAAGGCAAUUUUGACCGCAUGGAAAGCUAUCAUCAAACGCUCAUGGAUUGGAAGGAUUUGCGAGAAAACGCUUGCUCGACGGAGUCUGCACACGACAAAACACCAGAGCCAUGGCCAACAGGACAGUUUAUACAACAUUUCCUCAGUCAGCCAGAUUAACGACAAAACUGCAAGAGCUUUCCUUUAGAACGAGGAACUCUUGUAACUACAGGAAAUUUCAACAAGCCAAUCCAGAUUUUUGUAUGUGAGCGACAUUUUUUAAGUCUUCAAAAUCUGGUGUUGGGAAGAUAGGAAAUACUCUUAUUUAUUAGGCAUUUAAAAAGCCUUAAAUUCUGCAAAUUCGUAAGUAGUGGAAAUUAACUUUUCAAGGAAACUCAUUAAAUAAGAUAAUUUGAAGUCAGGGAUGUUUGGAAUGAAACAUUCUUGUGCCGAUGUUAUGCAUGUGAAGAAAAUUAUACAAAAAUGUUGAAAGGGAACCGGAACGAAACGUUCGCUCCUGCAAUAGGCCAUUCUUUCUUGUGAAAAUGAGUUGUUUUUUUUGCAUGAGAAUAAAAAAUCUUGUUCAUAUCAAUUGUUUCGCAUUUAGCCUCGCUUUGAAACAGAGGCUUUGGACAACCCAGAAAUGGGCUACGCCAGAGAUAUAAUUUAUGCUAAAACUUGAAAUGACCCCUUGUAUAUUUUUUUACUGGAGAAGGCAAAGUAGGGAUAUGUUUAUCUUUUCCGCUGAAUUUCUCUAAGAAUCUUGCAGGCGUGCUUGCCAAAGAAAAAGCGCCAUAACAUGUGAUGCGUUUUACAAAAUACUGGAACUUUUUUUCAGGUGUUGCUCUUUUAAAGUAUAAUCGAACUUUCUGUGCAGGAACGAAAACAAAAAAAAUGUGGGAUCAAAU